GCCACUCAGAGGCCGGGUCUAUUUGGUUCCGGGCCUUGAAGGUUCCUGUGGUCCGAGGGACCCUACGGCUUUUUUCCAGAGCCGGAAUGGCCGCGGCCACCUAGCCGCCGGACGGCUCUGAACGAAGGAAGGCGAGGCUCGGGUGAGCGCCCCUCAGCGAUGGCGCUGCAGCUGCGGCUCUGGAAAUUGCCUUCGGCUUGCAGGAGCCUAGAGCGGGCCUGCGCCGCCCUCUCCAGCACCACGCCGGCCGUGAGCCCUGCCGAGCAGCCUUCGGAAAACGAAGCCGUCGCCCCCGAGUUCACCAACAGGAAUCCCCGGAACCUGGAGCUCUUGGCAGUGGCCAGGAAGGAACGAGGUUGGAGGACCGUGUGGCCCUCGCGGGAGUUCUGGCACAGGUUACGAGUUAUAAGGACUCAGCAUCACGUAGAAGGGAUUGUUGAGCAUCAAAAUGGCCAGGUUGUGGUUUCAGCAUCCACCCGGGAGUGGGCUAUUAAAAAGCACCUUUACAGCACCAAAAAUGUGGUGGCUUGUGAGAGUAUAGGACGAGUGCUGGCCCAGCGUUGCUUGGAGGCAGGAUUCAUGGUCUACCAACCAACCCCAUGGGAGGCAGCCUCAGAUUCGAUGAAACGCCUACAGAAUGCCAUGACAGAAGGUGGUGUGGUACUGAAGGAGCCUCGGAGAAUCUAUGAGUAAAAAGCAGCAUUAUUUUGCAUGUGUAAAUGUAAGACCUAUCAGCUACUGCAGCCAUUCAAAGAAAGCAUCUAGAAGAACAAGCAGCAUGGAGUUGAGAGCAAUAAUGUAACAGAGGAAGAUGAUUUGUAGUUAGGGUUCCUUGUCCUCCUUAUCUGUGUAUGGUUCUAGAAUCAUUUUUAAUCAAGGCUAUUUUUUCUCCUUUUUUGACCCUAUGAAGUGUCCAUAGAUACUUAAGCUGUCUCACAGUAUCUAAGGGAGAUGAUCAUCAAUGACAUGUUAACUAUUUGAAGGCAAAGUUGUUUGUAAGUUACAAAAUAAAAGUAUACUAUUAACUCUUA